UCACCUUGCUACAUCCCUCCCCUUACCUUCUGAGAGGGAUCACCUUCGGCCCAGGAUAGACCUGAUUGUGUUUAUAAUUGACAUCAAGAGCAAAUACAGCUUGAAGAAUGUCGAAGCUUCCCUAGCUCACGUGGAUGUCCAGUUCUUCCUGGGGAAAGUGUGCUUUCUGGUCACUGGGGUUGGCAGGGUGAACUACUGCAGCAUAGAGAUGAACGCUGUCUGGAAACUGGGAGAAGUCUACUGCAGUCCUGUGCUGCUGUGUGAGCUGGAGUUGGAAGGGGUACGAGCUGCCACUGCUCGGCGACUGCUCCGGAUAUUACAGAUCAGCGCUGGUCACGUACCAGGAGUUUCAGCCUUUUUCUUUGGCUUGCUGAUGAGGAACGCCAUCGACGACUAG